UCUCGCUUUCCACCGUGCAAUAUGGCGGAGGAGCCUGAGUCGGUGUUGCAACUCCCUUCAACUGCUGCUGCUGGUGGUGAAGGACUUAUGGAUGUCUCCCCAGAAACAGCCACUCCAGAGACCCCAUCUUCUGCUGCAGUCUCCCCGGGGACAGAGGAGCCUUCAGGCAACAACAAGAAAAAAAUUGACAUCCUACUGAAGGCUGUGGGAGACACCCCUAUAAUGAAAACAAAGAAGUGGGCUGUAGAGCAAACCCGAACCAUCCAAGGACUCAUUGACUUCAUCAAGAAGUUCCUUAAACUUGUGGCCUGGGAACAGUUGUUUAUUUAUGUGAAUCAGUCCUUUGCUCCUUCCCCAGACCAGGAAGUCGGGACCCUCUAUGAGUGUUUUGGCAGUGAUGGUAAACUGGUCCUGCAUUACUGCAAAUCUCAGGCCUGGGGAUGAGUCACAGAGAAAAACAGCUUGCUACUC